GAAUUCGAUUUAAUUCACAGUCAUCGAAGUUGCCUGCCACGAAUAUGGUAAUCACUACCACGAACCAAUGGUUUCCGCUGUGGACAAUGGCAAAGUUUACCGCUGGACACCACAACAGGAAUACCGCCAAUUAAAAUCUGAUACAACAAAUAAAUCGGAUACAACGUCUGGUGCCUCAUCCUUCGAUGAGUUGGAACAAUUCGAAGAGGAAAUAAAUCCGAAAUUGCUGAAACAGAAGGCGUCCUGGUGGAUGCAGUAUCGGCUGCUGCUGAUGCGAAUGAUGGCGCAGAUGUGGCGUGAUAAGUCCUACAUGAAGCUCAAAUUCUAUAUGAACAUUGUGCUGGCGCUGAUUGUUGGCGGCAUUUUCAAAGGCAUCGGCGAUGAUGCAUCCAAGGCUUUGUUUAACUUUGGCUUUUCAUUCACGAUAAUUAUUGCAUAUUUAUACCUGCCGAUGAUGCCAGUAUUAUUACAGUUUCCCACAGAAAUGAAAUUCCUCAAGCGCGAAUACUUCAAUCAGUGGUAUCAUCUGAGCUCCUAUUAUGCCGCUCUGAUUUGUUCCAAGCUGCCUUUUAUGUUCGUGUUGGCCGUCAUCUACCUCAUUAUGGUGUAUGUAAUGUCCAGUCAGCCGUUGGAGCUUUCUCGUUUUUGCAUGCUCUUCGUAAUAGCUUUUCUAACCGCCAUGACUUCGGAGAGCUUAGGUUUACUGAUCUCAUCGCGUCUCAGUUUGGUGAACGCCAUGUUCAUGGGUCCUGUAAUUGCUGUGCCACUUAUUCUACUCUCCUGCUAUGGCAUUGGUUAUGGCAAGGCUGUCUACAUACAUCCUUUAAUGCGCUUCUUAAUGCAACUUAGUUACGUGCGUCAUGGCAUGGGAGGUCUUGUGGCCGCUCUUUAUGGUUAUAAUCGCGAAGAUCUGCAUUGUCCAGAAACGGAAAUAUUUUGUAUGUUUAAGAAGUCGGAAUUCUUGCUUAUGAUUCUUGGCUUUGAGAAUCUUAACUAUAUGUUCUCAGUAUGCUGUCUGGUAAUAUUUUAUAUUACUUUUACACUCGCGGCCUAUCUUAUGAUACGUCAUCGUCUCUCGCUGAGAACGACCAACAAUGUGAUCAUCCAGUAUGUGACCCAAUUCUUGGUUAAACACUUGAACUUUGCCUCUUACAACUACUAGCUGUGCCUAUGUAUCAAUAUCUUUAUUUUUUAUAUACGUAAUGCUGUUCUAAAAAUAUUUAUUUUACUAACAAAAUGGUUGAAAGAAUUGUUAGAAGGGAGUAGUGUUUAGAAAGUUCCGUUAGUAUAGCAUUUUAAGAAAAUAGUUUUGAUAAAAUACAACAUACUACUUAAGUAGGAUAGUACACUUACUUGUAUUUUGCCAUAAAACCAAAUCUUCAACUCGUGAUCAAUUUGAAAAGAAUUUUAAUACAAUAUUUGCAAAUAAAUAAA